AUGCCCAACGAUUGGAACCUCAGCGUCCUUUGUCCUGUACUAAAGAAAGGUGACCCGACGAUAUGCACCAAUUACCGGGGAAUCAGCCUGAUUGCCAUCUCAUACAAGAUACCAUCGAGCGUUAUAUGUGAACGACUGAAGCCAUAUACCAGCACACUGAUCGGAUCUUAUCAGUGCGGCCGCAGACCUGGUAAGACCACCAUAGACCAAAUCUUCACAUUACGCCAAAUCCUAGAAAUAACCAACGAAAAUAAAAUGGACACACACCAUCUCUUUGACGAUUACAAAGCUGCAUUCGAUAGCCUGACGAGGGAACGCCUAUAUGCCACCAUGGCUGAGUUCGGUUUGCAGAAUGACAUUGAGCAGCACCAUCAGCUCUGUCAAAGUAGGAGCGAACCUCUCCGAACCUUUUAA